UGUUGCAGUGAAUAUUUUAUAGAGAAGUCAUGGAAUAAUAUAUGAUUAUAUUGAAUUGAACCAUAAAAGUUAAGGACACAUUGCCGGUGGUGGUUGCCUGUUGGUACAUCAUGGUAUUUGAUGUAUAAAUGACGCUACUGAAGAAGAAGAUUAUUUAAUUCGUUGUUUUAUUUCAAAUACAUGUAUACACACGGCAAGUUAACUCCGGAAUAGAAUUAUUUCCAAAAGUUUCGAGAUAAAAGGAAACAAUACACAAAAUAUUUGAAUGCAGUCUUUAUAAUAACAAACUAACAAAAAUGGAAUAAAGGUAUAUAAACAGAAACAAGAAUUUCGAAAUAGAAGGAAUUGAAGGACAUCCAAUAUUACUACAAUGCGGCGAUCUAAUUCAAGUGAAUGUAAAGCUCUGUUUGCAAAAGGAAAUUACACUGCAGUACAAGGUCUUGUGUCGUCGGUUGAGCUGCACGAGACACUACUUCUGGUGAUCGGAUUCGGAGUGUUUGCAACACUAAUUGCUGUGUUGUUUAAGUUCAUCAGGAAACAUGUCUACAAGGAUAAGAAUACAUUAGACACAGCAUUUGACGCAGGAGGAAAGGUGAGUGUGGGGUUAACAGCAACAACGAUUGUGUCACAGUGGACUUGGGCUGCUACACUGCUCUAUUCCUGUGUUGUGGCUAGUAAGUAUGGAAUCAGUGGUCCAUUCUGGUAUGCUGCAGGCGCAACCAUACAGAUACUCUUGUUUGCCAUGGUGUCCGUCCAGCUAAAGAUUCGAGCCCCUGGCGCAAAAACGUUCCUGCAAGUGAUAAAAGCUCGGUAUGGGGCCAAUACACACAAGGUGUUUGUAGGCUACGCACUGCUUACAAAUAUCAUUGUCACAGCUAACUCAAUGACAGGUGGUUCAGCUGUUUUGUCUGGAUUGACAAAGGAUAUGGGUAUAGAGUACGCAGCAAUGUUGAUGACGGCUGUUAUUGGUACAUACACGUGUAUAGGUGGACUGGGUGCCACAUUUUAUGUCUCAUUUUUCAACACAGCAAUGAUCAUGAUAAUGAUGUUGGUAUUUGUUAUACGUGUGUAUGACGACAGUGGGCAUAAUGACACAAAUCCAUUAGGUACAGAAGAAAAUGUGUACAAAUAUCUGUCCUGCAGUGAAGGUCCAGAUGGCAACGAAGAUCACAGUUACCUUACGCUUGUUUCUAACUCUGGUCUUGUGUUUGGCUUGAUUAACGUUGCGGGCUGUUUUGGAACGACAUACGUGGACCAAUCUUACUGGCAGAGUAGCGUUGCUGCAAAGCCUAGACAAGGGGUGUUGGGGUUUCUAGCUGGAGGCCUCGUAUGGUUUUCUAUACCUUUUGCGCUAGCAACUACAAUGGGUCUGGCUUAUAUUGCACUUGGGGCUCAACAGGGUCAACCACUACUUUCAGACAUAGAUGUUGACACAGGAUUGGUACUACCAGUGGUAGCACAGCGAAUGUUUGGUAAGGCUGGUGAAAUGAUGGUGAUAGUGAUGGUUCUAAUGGCUGUUGUAUCUACGGGCUCUGCCGAAGUUCUCGCUGCUACAUCAAUAGUUGUUUAUGAUAUUUAUCAGCUGUAUCUAAAGCCAUACAGACGAGUACUUGAUGCAAACAGCUGCAUUUUAUGCGGGAAAGGUCGGGGUCGUAAGUCAUGUGUUCGAGAUAUGUGUACAUGUGAAAGUAUGACAGUGUGUGCACAUUGCGACAAAGACAACAAGAAACGUAGCGAGUCGCAGCGGGUUCCUUUGCCUUCCUAUACAUGCCGGACCCACGGGGCGUACCGAGAAUACACGGAUUAUUUAUCCCGUUUAAAGAACAAAGGUUUAUUUUGGACAACCAUUGCAAUAUUGCCUCUUACCUUACUCCUCCACACCUUGCAAAUCAAUCUUUCCACCGUUUACUUGUUCAUGGGUGUAACGAUCAACUCUGCAGUAGUCCCAAUAGUGUUGUCAAUGUUCUGGGAGCGUCUGACAGGGUUUGCGAUGAUUGCCGGAAGUAUAGGAGGAACAGUGCUAGCGCUAACGACUUGGAUUAUUGUAACUGCCUUACAUCCAGGGGGAAUUUCAAAUUUCAAACAUAAUGCGGCAAAAGAAUACCCGAUGCUAUCUGGAAACCUUAUGUCUUUGGUUGCCGGGGCUGUUAUAUCCAUUAGUGUAAGUUUGGUGUCAGGACGAAGCGAGGAAGGUUCUGAAAUAUGGGAGAAAACAAGGGAUAUAGACAACCCCCUCAGUCCAUGGACAGAACUUUAUGAGAAAGACUUACACUUAAUUGGAGCAUAUCGAUUAGAUAAUAGGCCAUCAUUGGUAGAAGUUCAAGAAGCCUUCAAAGUUACCAAGAUUGCUGGUUUUAUUGGGUCAAUAGCAUUAACAGUUAUACUGAUUGUGAUUUGGCCAUUGAUAAUGAUUUACGGCAUACCUGUCUUGGAUUUUGAUUCGUUUAACACAUGGGUUGGAGUUUCUAAAGUGUGGGCCUUUCUUGCCGCGAUUUUCAUAAUUAUUGCUCCUUUUGUGAAUGAACUAUAUGACAUAUACCAAGCAUUCCGUGCAAAUAACAAUGGUGAAAAUAAUAGAAAUAAUUAG